UAUCCUGCACUAAGAUACAUUUUAACAUGAUAUCUCUGAAAAUAAUAACAAAGAAGAACAGUGAGCACCAGAACUGGAUUUAUGGGCGGGGCUACUGUGUGACACUGCCAGUCUUGUGAAUGAAAUCAGGGCGGGGUUUACUGGAGGGCGUGGUUUAGGAGUAGAGGCUGAGUGCUGGCUGUGCACUGGUGUCAGUGGAGUGCAGGUCAGCUCUAUGCAUGGUGUGUGAUCUACUUGUGAGCAUCCUGAGCACUGAGUGCAGCCUGGGACUAUACACAUCCCUCCAGCUAUUGUGGGACCUUGUACAUGAUCACUGCCCAUGUGUCUGGCAGCAGAUCUCCUCUGAUUCCCUCCAAACUUCUUACUGGCCCAAAGAAGAAAAUGAGGCAUAAGAUGAUGCUGACUGUCCUUGUGAUCUGCUGCAUGGUGUGGGUCCUCGCAGCUUCAGAUCCCCCCACCUUAAGUACUAAGAAUGCCAAUCUGUCCAUAGCUUUAAACCAUACAUUAAAUAUCACUUGCAGGGGGGAGCAACCAGUGGUUUGGUCAUGGCCCGAUCCUGUGGAUAACCGCGUGUCACUCAGUGUGUGCAAUGAAAGUGUCUAUUGUCAGAUACUUGUCGUAUCCCAGCUCACAGUAAAUGACAAUGGAACAUACAAGUGCUCCUACCAAAAUAAUAGCCAAGGGGCCUCCAGUGUUCACGUGUCCAUUAUUGAUCAGAGCUCUCCAUUUACGUCAUUUCCAAGUGACAAACCCAUAGGCGUGUAUAUUCCUGGUGGUGCUACUGCAGGAAACAAGACGGUGGUUGUUCCAUGCUUUACAUCCAGAGAGGAUCUCAACGUGACGCUGCGCACAAAAUAUGCAGAGAACACAUUUUUUCCCAAUGGACAAAGUAUACAGUGGGACUACAAAAAAGGCAUCAUCAUCUCGAGCGAGCUGCUGAGAGUUUACGACAUGGUCUACUGUGAGACAACACUCAAUGGUCAAACAUACAGAUCCUCAGACUACAUUAUUGUAGUUAUUGAAUUUAAAAUUUUCAGUCUGUCCAUGAACCCUCAUCCUCAGGUCCAGGUGGCUGUUGGAGAGACACUGCUUAUAUCUUGUAUAGCAUAUACACCGUUCAAUGUCAGAGUCCAAUUUAAAUGGGAUUCUCCUGCAGUGGAGGAUCAUAAAACAAUACAAAAAUUCAUCAAAAAGCCAAAUGUUUUGGAGUACACAGGAGAGCUGCUAAUAGAAAAAGCAACUUUAAAAGAUGACGGGUACUAUAGCUGCACAGCAGACACCGGGGGCAUGAAUAUGACUACUAUCACCAGGGUCAUUGUACAUGAGAAGCCAUUUAUAGUAAUAGAUGAAGAAAUGGAAAAGGUGAUUGUGUGUAAGGCUGGAGACCGCAUCAAGGUACCGGUGAAAUUUACAGCAUAUCCUACUCCUGACGUGAAAUGGAUAAAAAAUGGAAUUCCCAUUGGCCACCUAUUCCCAUACCUGUUAAUCAAUCGCUGUGGUGAAGAGGAUAGUGGGAAUUAUACUGUCAUUCUUACUAACCCAAUAACUAAAGAUUAUGAGAGUCACACAUUUCAAGUCUUCGUGCAUGUACCACCGCGAAUAGGUGAAAAGGCUGUGUCUUCUACAGUGGAAUUAUACAAGUAUGGCAAACCAUCCUCUCUCACAUGCACUGCAUAUGGGAUACCAACCCCUGUGAACAUCCAGUGGUCAUGGCAGCUGGAAGAAGAGUGCACAUACUUACCACAACCUUAUCAUGCAGGGAAAAAUCCCUAUAGCUGUUCAAAGUGGAGGGACAUUAAGGACCAGGAUGGAGGGAAUGUUAAUGAAGUGCAAGAUAUUCCUAGUGACAUCAUUGAAGGAAAACUAAAAACUGUGAGCAAGCUACUUAUCUCAGCAGCGAAAGUAUCUGUUGUCUACAAGUGCACAGCCACUAACCAGGCAGGAGAAGAUGAGCACAUCAUUCCUUUCCAUGUAACACGAGGCCUUAAUGUCAGUAUGCAUCCUAGAGGCCGGAUCACUGAGCGAGCCAAUGUAACAUUGAAAUGUUUCGCUGAUAAGUUGACCUAUGGACACAUAGAAUGGUACAAGCGGAAGUCUUCAGAAGCAAGAUCUUGUGGAGAUCCAGCCAACCUCAUUAAAAUGAAUAAACCUACAAUCAUUGGAGAAUACUUGACCUUGGAACUGAUUCUGUAUAACGUCUCUGUGGAGGACCAAGGGCACUAUGACUGCGAAGCUCUGGAGAAGAAAACCCGUCGGAAGCACUGUUUCCCCACUGAAUUAACUAUCCAUGCUCAAAAACGUCCAGUUAUUCAUCGUGAACUGAAGAACCAGACAACCAAUGUCAGUGAGACUUUGGAGGUGCACUGCUCGGUCACUGGAUCCCCAGAUCCACAAAUCCUUUGGUUUAAAAAUUCUGAUGCUUUGGUGGGAGACUCAGGCAUUAUCUUAAAGGAUCAGAACAGAACAUUGACCAUACAACGUGUUAGGAAACAAGAUGAAGGAUUCUAUUCCUGCCGAGCUUGCAAUGAGUUGGGUUGUGCAGAAGCUGAGAUGUACUUCACAGUAAAUGACUCCGAAGAGAAAACAAAUCUGGAACUCAUUAUUCUGGUUGGCACCGGUGUGAUUGCCCUGUUCUUUUGGUUGCUUCUUGUAAUCAUCCUUCGGACCGUAAAGAGGCCCAAUGAAGGAGAACUCAAGGCUGGAUACUUGUCAAUCAUUAUGGAUCCUGGUGAAGUUCCCCUCGAUGAGCAAUGUGAAAGACUCCUCUAUGACGACAUGAAAUGGGAGUUUCCAAGAGAACGGCUUAAACUAGGGAAUCCUCUUGGUCGAGGAGCUUUUGGACAAGUUGUAGAAGCAGAUGCCUUUGGAAUUGACUCAACCUGCGUUUGCAAAACAGUGGCAGUGAAAAUGUUGAAAGAGGGAGCCACUGACAGUGAAUAUAGGGCAUUGAUGUCAGAGCUGAAAAUUCUUAGUCAUAUUGGCCAUCACUUGAAUGUAGUGAAUUUGCUCGGAGCCUGUACUAAGCCAGGAGGUCCUUUGAUGGUGAUUGUUGAAUACUGUAGAUUUGGAAAUCUAUCAACGUAUUUAAGGAGUAAAAGGAAUGACUUCGUUUUGUACAAGACUAAAUCUGUGCGGUACAGACAGGCCAAGCAUCAUUACGUUGAAACUCCUAGGGAUCUGAAGAAGCGACUAGACAGCAUUGCGAGCAGUCAGAGCUCUGCAAGUUCAGGAUUUGCCGAAGAGAAAUCUCUUAGUGAUGUAGAGGAAGAAGAAGUUGAAGAGAUUUGCAAGAGUCAGCUUUCUAUGGAAGACCUUAUCUCAUACAGCUUCCAGGUGGCACGGGGCAUGGAAUACAUGGCUUCCCGGAAGUGCAUCCACCGGGACCUGGCAGCUCGUAAUAUACUUCUUGCUGACAACAAUGUGGUCAAGAUCUGUGACUUCGGUUUGGCACGCGAUGUGUAUAAAGAUCCAGAUUAUGUUCGGAAAGGCGAUGCUCGGCUUCCUCUGAAAUGGAUGGCACCAGAGACUAUCUUUGAUAGAGUCUACACAACACAGAGUGAUGUGUGGUCAUUCGGGGUCCUGCUCUGGGAAAUAUUCUCAUUAGGGGGAUCUCCGUAUCCUGGAGUGCAGAUUGAUGAAGACUUUUGUAGGAGAUUAAAAGAUGGAACAAGGAUGAGAGCUCCGGAUUAUGCAACAGUGGAAAUAUAUCAGACAAUGCUUGACUGCUGGCAUGGAGACGCCCUUCAAAGACCCACAUUUUCUGAACUGGUGGAACAUCUAGGAAAUGUCUUACAAGCUAAUGUCCAAAUGGAUGGAAAAGACUACAUUCCCCUUACUGUGACUCUGAACAUUGAAGAGGAUUCUGGACUUUCUAUGCCGACUUCACCUGUUUCCUGUGUGGAAGGAGAGGAAAUAUGUGAUGGAAAAUUCCAUUAUGAUAACGCAGCUGGAAUACGGCAUGUCCAAAACACAAGAAGAAAUAGCCGGCCUGUUAGUGUCAAGACAUUUGAGGAUAUUCCAAUAGAAGUCACAGUGAAAGUGUCCAUGGAGGACAACCAAACAGAUAGUGGGAUGAUUCUGGCAUCAGAAGAGCUGAAAACACUGGAGAACACACAAGAUGAAGCUGUGUUAUUUAGAUGUUUAAAAUCCAGUAAAAGCAAAGAUUCCGUCACAUCAGGAUCUUCCAACCAAACCAGUGACUACCAGUCUGGGUACCACUCGGAUGAAACAGAAAUUGUUACUGACACCAAUGAAAAAACUCAGCUUCUCCAAAGGGAGAGUUCAUCGGAAAUAUGCUACAUGGAAAAAAAACACCACCAGGCUGUCCUCCAGUUGACCACAGAAGUGUAGGAGCUUACAACUUACCUUUCAUAAUGUACUAGCACAGAAGACUUACUGGAAUUUUGUUCUACAGGAGAGACAGUACCAUGGUUCUGCAUGAGCUUACCUUGAUCCAGUGUUAUGGUUCUGAAGAAAAUACCAAGACCACGUCAUGGUUUGGCAGAAUAUGUACUUAAACAUAUUAACAAGAAUCAUUAUACUGUUGAAUAUUCAGGGUAUGGACUUUUUGGGAACUUAUACUUCCUAUCUGGACACCGAGUGUCUGACUUUGGGUUUUCUGAACACUGGAUGGGUUGUCAUUGUACUUGCCCUUAUUCCAAUGAUGAAGUGACUGGGGGUAGGCUUACAGCCUUUUGGCUGCACUAUGGACUAAGUAAACUGACUCACACACAUCACGGUGAUGUAUAUAAUAGUAUUAUGUACUAUUUUGAUUGUACCUGACUAAGAACAAAUGAAUGUCCUAUUUAGAGAACAUGAUGUAGUGCUGCAUCAACCUUUCUCUAAUAGGAGUGUGUAAUAUACUUAUCUUAAAGGACUUCCUUUGAGGGUCCAAGAACAGGAGUCAGCUUUUAUACACUGGGUACAUGUUUCUAUGAAUGUUACUUUUUGUACAUUAAGCGAUAUACAUUGGUCAGCAAAGGAAAUGGUACAGUAGAUUACACUAUAUUCCAUAUCAUAUGACAUCACAAUAUAAUAAUUGUAUAUUGAACAUUACUUAUGGUGUCAGAAAUGGGAUGGAUGGAGUCCGGUCUCAAGAUUUUAUUAGAUGGUAGAACUGACCAAUGCUGCUCCUACAGAUACCUUUCAAAAAGAUCUUUCAAAUGUUACUAAAGUUUAUAGGUUGACAAAAUGUGAUCUUAACAGUUUUAUAAAGCUAACCUGGGUGACAUGCCUGACUUAGGCAUGACUUAAAGGUAAAUGUGUAGAAGGCCUCCUACCUACCUUAUGCUAUUUAUGUAAUUUAUAAUGUGUCUUCUUAUCUGACAGAGGGGCUUUUGGGCCACCAUGGGCACCAGGGCCAAGGUGGGGCUACAAUGUUUGCAUUUGCUAUAGCUACACUGCUGUCUCUCAACAUAAGUAUUAUUUUGAAGUAUUUAUGUAUUAGUAACAUUAAACUGUAAAAUGCCUUUAAGCCAGCAUUAUUUCAACCUUAUGACAUGUUUUAGAUUCUUGGAAAGUGAUACAAAAUAUCUUUAGAUGUGAGGGAAGAGAUUGCAUGAAGACAAUGCCAGUUUUUAUGCAGCUUUGUGUCUGACUACAAUUGACCAUAUUGUCAGCAUAUCGUUAAAGCUCACCUUUACUUUACAUUAGUGACCAUAUGAUACACAAGUUACAUAUAAGCAUUAAAGGGGUAUUCAGGGCAAAAACAUUUUAUCCCCUGUCCAAAGGAUAGGGGAUAAGAUGUCUGAUCGAGGGGGGGCCCGCUGCUGAGACCCCCCGCGAUCUCCCUGCAGUACUGGCAUUCUAUGCGGGUGCUGAAUCUCCAGUUUCGGAAACCUACGGGUUUCCGGGAUUGGGGACGUCACGCCACACCCCUCCAUUCAUGUCUAUCACAUGACACGUCACGCCCCCUCCCAUAGACAUGAAUGGAGGGGGCGUAGCGUGAAGUCACGUCCUCAGUCUCGGAAACCCGGAGGUCACGUCCCCAGUACCGGAAACCUGGAGGUUUCCAAAACUGGAGAUUCAGCACUCGCAUAGAAUGCGGGUGCUGCAGGGAGAA